AUAAACACGAAUAUCGUGUCCGCUCGCAGCUUUUGCUGCAUGUAGCAGAGCGACAGGAAUUCUUUAUAAUAAAACAGAUGUUGUUUAUUGUUCGGGAAAUGGUGGCGCACUCCGAGCUGGCUGAGCGUGGAAUUGGACUUUAUACCUGUUGUUGUUGUUUAGGAAGCAGGAAUUAAUGCUAGCUUUGCAAAAUCGACACAUCUGAUACGUGUUAUUAGUUUUUACAGAUUAUGAGCAGCAACUAGCCUUGCAUUUGCGUUAGCUACGCUUCUUAGGUGUUAUUGGAAUUGGUUCCAGCUGUUUUGUUCACCAAAUUAAGCUUUUUGUCUUUAAAUGCUAGUAUUACUUCACGCACGCUCUUGUGCAACAGGAUUCAUCUCAGUGAUCUGUGAGGGGAGGACCCAUGCUCUCUCAUCUCUGUGCUGCCACAUCAGCCUUGUACAUACUGUGGAUCACCAUGGCCCAUGUCGCUGGCCAGGAUGACAGAGAGAGAACUACUGCACUCAAAGAUUUGUUGUCAAGAAUUGAUUUAGACGAAUUAAUGAAGAAAGACGAACCUCCGUUCAAUUUCCCUCAAACACUGGAGGAGUUUGAAUAUGCCUUUAAUGAAUACGGUCAGCUCAGACAUACAAAAACCGGCGAACCCUUUGUGUUUAAUGCCAGAGAAGAUCUGCACCGCUGGAAUCAGAAACGCUAUGAAGCUCUUGGAGAGAUUAUCACCGAGUAUGUUUACGAGCUGUUGGAGAAGGAGUGUAACAUGACUAAAGCAAUCCUGCCAGUGGAUGCUGAAGGAGAUGAACCCACCAGUUUUAUCUACCUGAGCCCAGACGCCUUGUCAAACCCUUCCAAACUGCUGGUGCUGAUCCAGGGGAGUGGUGUGGUGCGGGCCGGCCAGUGGGCCCGGAGACUGAUCAUCAACCAGGACCUGAACUCAGGGACCCAGAUCCCCUUCAUUAGAAGAGCCAUGGAGGAGGGAUUUGGCGUGGUGGUGCUCAACCCCAACUUGAACUACUUAGAAGUGGAAAAGGCACCAAAGUCGUCACCCUCCCACCCCCCCGCCGAAGUCUCCGAUGAACCGGCUGAAAAGAGGGAGCGCAAAGACGAGCAAGAGGGCAAGAAGAAAAGAGAAUUUUAUGAGAAAUACCGUAACCCACAGAAGGAGACUGAAACCGAGCGCAUACCUAUACGGGAAAACAGUUCUUCUGAAGACCACGUGCUCUACGUGUGGGACCACUUUGUGUCCAGAGCUGCUGCCAAGAAUGUCUUCAUUAUGGCUCACAGCUAUGGAGGCCUUUCUUUUGUUGAGAUGAUGAAUCAAAGGGAGGUGCAGGUGAAGAACAGAGUGUGUGCUGUGGCUUUCACUGAUUCUGCACACAACCUCUGGCUGCAAGAGACUACCAAAGGGACACAGGACUGGAUAUUUCAGUAUUGCUCUAACUGGGUAUCCAGUCCGGAGCCCUUGGACACACCUCUUGAUUCUAUGCUGCCAGACUGCCCCAAAGUUUCUGCAGGCACUGAGAGGCAUGAGCUGACCUCCUGGACGAGUUUCGACUCCAUCUUUAGGUUCUUUGCUGAGGCGCUAAAGGCAAGGGAAGAUGAGGAGGCAGAAGAGAACUCCAACCCUGUCACCACACGCCGCAGCUCCUUUAGAAACAAACACCAAGAUUUGUAGAGAACCGUCAACUUUGACAAGAUUUUUUCUGACUUGAGACUUGGUGACGGGUCAGAUCUGGGUGUGCAGAAUGUUUUUUCUUUCUCUCUCUUUUCCUGUAACACCGCACCAGUUUUCCUUCCUGCCUCGCUUCCCUUGGUUUCGUUUCUCCCCUCCGGCCUUUACCAGCUUUGCCCUCUCACCGUCGCCAUGUUGUUACAGGCGGGAGUACGGGGUCGCCGUGUAUACAUCACAAAAACGUUUUGCAUUACUUCUAGAUGACUGCAACUGUCAAAGCAAUAUGGGUCUGAGUGUUAGCGCUUCCCGUGGGCUGUGGCCUGGUUGCAGGUACAGGGCACAGCGGCAGAGAUUAAGGCUGACAGGCACUGUGCACAAAGCACUGUGGUGCGCCUCUAAUUGUCCUGACAUCAGCCUGAAGUGAGCUAAUACCCCUCCUGUCCUCCAGUCUCUCCCCCCUUCCUCUGUCCUCCUCAUGCAGGACCCAUGCCUGGGUUUCCUCAAAUAAGUUCCUGUUUUAUGUUCUGAAAAAUGCAGGAUCGUUCCAUUCCACAUAUUGUUUCCUGCAUAUUAAAACUAUUUCAUAAUAACAAAUCAUAAAUGAUCAUUAGCUAAAAAUCUGUUUCAUCUACCCAUUAGCUCAAUUAUUUCUGUGUUGCUUUUUGAAUCAUUAAUGAAAAAUCUGCUCCAAUAAUAAGAUUUUUUUUUGUUUAUCUUAGAAUAAAAUCUAAAAGAAAUAUUUUGCAUUUCUUCAUGUUUAACAGUCAGCUUCUCAAGACCAAAGUGGGUGUUUACUUGUUUGUGGGUUAUUGUUGCAAAAGUUUGCAGAGUAUAUUUCUGCCUUUAUUGUAAAUGCUCCACUUUACUGUUGUUUCAUUUUCAGGUGGAUAACCUUAAAUUUUCAUUCGAUUGAGCAUGAUAAAAGAAACCCAACCUGGUCUAAAUAUGGAAAAUCCUGGAGAAUAUUUAAAAUCACUUAGAGCAUCAAAACGGGUUUGAGGGAUGUCUCAUUUUACCAGGAGCCAAAAGUCAGCCCACAACACUCAUAAAACUCCAAUUUAUCACCUUACACGUGUCAGGAAAUCCAAGAUUUCAAUAUUAUUCCCAGCCGGAAUGAUAUUUGUUGCAGAACGGUAACAUAUUUCCUUUUUUGAUUUGCAACAAAGUACUCUUUUUGUGUACUUAGAGGUGUCACAGUCAGCUUCCUUCAGCUCAUAUAAUCUGACUGUGUGACGCAAACUGGAUGAUUUUUUUAUUUUUUUCCAUAAAGCCGGUUGGUUUUAUAAACCGCUCAAGGCUUAAAGGAACACAUUUCUAAUGUGUCAUGACAUUAGUAAAACCUCAAACCGGAUACUGACUCUCAUGAUACCUUAGACAACCCCCUCGUUUUUGUAUUUGACACCAUUGUGUUAUGAUUCCUCCCCUCCAUCAGUGGUUUAAGGCAUUUGUGGAUUAUCUCCCUGCUGUAAUGAGACAAGUGUGGCUGAUGGUUGCAGGCCUAAUUUCCUUCUAAUUUGAUUUUGAUCUCUCCAGGUUUCAGGAAGAAGUUGGCUUAUUAUUUGAAAUUUGAUAAGUUUCAUUUUGAGAUUGCUCAUGUAUGUGCUUCUCAGCUCCUAUCACUUAAUGUUUUUUUUCUCUAGAACUUGUAUAUUGUUGCCUUAGGAAUAAACAAGAGUCCUCGAUGUUUUAUAUUUCAAAACCAGACAAGCCAUAAGUGAACAGAACAGAAGAUCCAAAGUCAGCUUGUAUUUUUUAUUUUAUUUAUGUUGCUGUUGAGGGUUCUUUUUGUGCUGCACUGUUGAUUAAAGCAAAAAUUAUUUUUUUCAUCCUUAGUUUUAAUUUGAAAGCACAGUCAAAAAACAUUUUAACACUUCUACAGCACAGCAAUUACUUUUAAGUUUCAUGACUUCUUUCCUGUUAUUAAAAAGUCAAUAAAACAAA